CGGAUUGCUAAACCGAUCUAUGAGUUGCUCCAGAGUAAAUCAGGUACAACUCAGACUUCAGUCCGGAGUGGAAAGUCCAAACAGCCCCAACUAUCUUCCAGAGCACCAGUGAGCUGGAUCACCAAACACCAGGAAGCUCUUGAACAGCUAAUUAGUGUUCUAACAAAUCCACCUGUCCUGGCAUACCCUGAUUUUAGUCUACCAUUUAUUCUGCAUACCGAUGCAUCAGACCAGGGGUUGGGAGCCAUUUUGUACCAACAACAGAAUGAGACACUGAGAGUGAUUGGGUACGGUUCUAGGACACUUACACCAGCCGAACGCAAUUACCAUCUACACAGUGGGAAACUGGAGUUUCUUGCAUUGAAAUGGGCUGUGUGUGAGAAGUUCCGUGAUUACCUGUACUAUGCCCCUCACUUUACGGUAUACACAGACAACAACCCGCUGACCUACAUUUUAAGUACAGCCAAACUUAAUGCAGUUGGUCAUAGGUGGGUGGGUGAACUCUCAGAUUUUCGGUUCGACAUUAAAUACCGGCCUGGAAAGUCCAAUAUUGAUGCUGAUACACUGUCUCGUUUCCCCCUUGAUAUGGAGACAUAUGGGAAAACUUGCACUGAGGAUUUCCCAGAUGAGGCAGUGUGUGCAACAUGGGAUGGGAGUCGAGCAGCUUGGCGCAAAGAGGUACCAUGGGUUGCAGCACUCAUUACUUCUUCCAGAGGUUCUGACCAACAACCCUAUUCUCAUCUCCCGACCAUAAGCCACGAGGACCUUGUCAAGGCACAAAAGGAGGAUUCAGCCAUAGGCCAGGUCAGAGAAAUGAAAGCAUCCAACAUUACGUUAACAGAUGGAAUACGUAAAACGGUGGGCAGAGACACUCAGAAAUUGCUGCAUGAAUGGAGUAAGCUACGUUUGGAAAACGACCUCCUUUACAGAUUCGCAGGACAGAAAAAACAACUAGUUCUUCCUACCAAGUAUCGACCAUUAGCUCUGAAAUAUCUGCACAAUGAGAUGAGCCAUGUGGGCACAGAGAAAGUGCUUCAUUUGGCAAGGGACAGAUUCUACUGGCCCUUCAUGGCUAAAGACAUUGAAGAAUAUGUCACUCAAAAGUGUUUGUGCAUCAAAGCCAAGAAACCUGUCACCUACGAUAGGGCGCCUAUGUGUAGUAUCACUUCCAGUUUUCCUUUAGAGCUGGUGUGUAUUGAUUAUCUGCACUUAGAAGCCAGCGUGGGAGGGUUUGAAUACAUAUUAGUAGUGAUCGAUCAUUUCACAAGAUUUGCUCAGGCAUAUCCCACAAGAAAUAAAAGUGGAAGGACAGCCGCUGAGCUGAUGUUCAAUGACUUCAUUCCUCGGUUCGGAUAUCCAUCAAAGCUGCAUCACGACCAGGGUCGUGAAUUUGAGAAUAAGUUGUUCCAAACUUUGCAGUUUUUAUCUGGGGUGAGCCACUCACGAACAACACCAUAUCAUCCCCAAGGGAAUCCAGUUGAGAGGCUAAAUCGCACCAUCCUUCAGAUGUUACGGACCUUGACUGAUAGUGAAAAGCUGCGGUGGAAGGAUCACCUCCCGCAUGUUGUACACGCGUACAACUGCACACGGCACGAGUCAACGGGCUACUCACCUUUUUUUCUUCUUUAUGGCCGUCAUCCACACCUCCCAGUUGACUUAUUGUUUGGAUUGGCUGGAGACAAAGAGUCAGAAACACCUAAAGGAUACGCGGAGAAAUGGGCAGAGCGGAUGUCACAAGCUUACCGGAUUGCCAGUGAAAGUAGCACAAAGGCUAGUGCAAAGGGGAAAGUGACAUACGACAAGAAGGCAAAAGGAGUAACUCUGCAUCCAGGAGACAGAGUCUUGGUCCGGAACUUCAGUGAACGUGGAGGACCAGGCAAAUUACGGACUUACUGGGAGAAGGCUGUUUACCUAGUUAAAAGACAGCUGGCAGACAGCCCAGUGUAUGUUGUCUGUCCUGAAUCAGGAGACCAGAAUAAGACUCGGACGCUGCAUCGCAACCUCCUUAUGCUAGUAAAUGAUCUACCUGUGGAAGAGACACUGCUCCGGAACUUCAGUGAACGUGGAGGACCAGGCAAAUUACGGACUUACUGGGAGAAGGCUGUUUACCUAGUUAAAAGACAGCUGGCAGACAGCCCAGUGUAUGUUGUCUGUCCUGAAUCAGGAGACCAGAAUAAGACUCGGACGCUGCAUCGCAACCUCCUUAUGCUAGUAAAUGAUCUACCUGUGGAAGAGACACUGCAUCAAUCAACGUUGGCUCCUGUCAGAAAACAAACCCACAAACAAAGACAGAGAAAGGACACAAGGACAGAGAGAGAAGAGAGGAAUGGUGAAACAUCUGAUUCGGACAAUGAUUUUCCCUCAGGAUACUGGCUUAGGGUACCAGUACAAAGAACCGAGCAAAGGUGUCCGUACGAGAAACCUUCUCUACCUCAGACAACUUUAUCUCAAACUUCUGGGAGGGCCCCUGAAACAGUUGGGGAUGAAAAUCAGACACCAACUGAAUAUUCGCCUGAAGCCAUCUUGGAGUCUCUAAACGACGUACCUGAGCAAAACAUGGAUGAAACCAUACCUGUCUCGACCAGACCUGUGGAAGUGGAGCAGAUAAACUGGUCUGUAGGGCCAGAGACUGAAACUCAAUUCAUGAUCCCUCCUGCUGAACUUGAUCAGACAGAGGUCAGGAGGUCAACACGCAAUAAGAGGCCCAGACAUUUUCUCACAUAUGAUUCACUGGGUAAGCCAUCAGUACAGUCACAUGGUAACUUGAAUGCAGUGUUUGCCCAUCCAUUGCAAUAUUCAUAUUUACCUAGUCCACCACUGAGUGCGCCGUACUCAAAUUCUUCUUUGUGUACUCAAGUUCCAUGGCAAUAUCAUACAUACCACACACCAGUUAUGAGCUUUCCAUCCAUAAUGCUAUGCGGUUGAGAAGGUUUAGUUAGUGGGAAUGGAUUUAAUGAGAAUCUGUGUUAAGUUUUGUUAUUGUCAGAGCUAUUUAUUUUUUUUGCCGGGAGUGUGUGAUGCCCACGGGUGUGUGCUCACAAUAGAAAAAAAGGAGCAUGCAUUUCUUUGACGAUGGGUGUAGUAAUGGUGUUUCACCAGUAGGUGGCGCAUGGAGACUCUGAGCUGCCUGUUGCUCUGCCGUUUUCUCAUAAGCUGAGAGAAAUUGGAGCAACACAGACUGCGUCUCCCAUGUGCUCAUUUUCAUACAUUUUUCAGCUUUAUCUGCUGCUGACGGGUCCGGAACCCUGGUACCCG